CUGAGGGGUUGGAGUGAAAAUGCAACAGGGAAAGAUGCAUCCGAUACAUACUUGCAACUCUAUCAGACCUUUUAAACAAAGAAAGAGUUUGGCAAGCAGAAUGGAAGAAGUUAUAGGCAUUCGGGGGAAAUUCCCUACAAAAAUCCCUGUAAUUGUUGAAAGGUAUCAAGGAGAAAGGUUCUUGCCACUGCUAGACAAAACAAAAUUUCUUGUACCUCAGGAACUGACCAUGACACAAUUUAUAAGCAUCAUCAGAAGCAGGAUGGGACUGAGUUCAACGCAAGCUUUCUAUCUGCUAGUAAACAACAAGAGUUUAGCCAGCAUGUCUCUGACUCUGGCUGAAAUAUACCAGGAUUACAAAGAUGAAGACGGAUUUAUAUACAUGACUUACGCUUCCCAGGAGAUGUUUGGAUACUUCUUGGCCACUGGCAAAGGGAAAUGUAAGGAAUGUCUCCUAAAAACAUAAGUGUCCUUUGGGAGGCAGCUGUGCCUAGGCAGCUGCAUUGUGAAUCAUGCAAGUUACUUGAAGAGAAAGGAUGCUCUGAAGUGGGCUGUACUGAAGGAUUAAUGGCCCAGGAGCUGGCAAGGCCCAGCGAAAGAAGCAAGUGGUGUGAUAAACUAUCCUAAAUAAAGGACAUGGGCAUUUUGGGGGGGUAUUUGAAUGGAUGCUUGUGUGCCAAAAGAAAAUAGUUGGGGUAUGCUUUGGUGGUUUGUUUUCUUCCUUUUAAAAAUGCCCUUAAAUUAUGUAAUUGUUUUUUAAAUUGUUAAUAAAGUUGAAGACCGGUGAGAUGCAAAUAAAGGAAUUUCAAGAUUGGGGGGGGGGAGUAAAUAUGGGAAACUGCCACAGAACCAUGUUGCAGUGUACAUUAAAGAUCUGGUAAACAUUCUGGUUAGUGUAGCAUUCCUUGUUUGGAAACUCAAUUUUGUAGCACAGCAAAACAGAGAACCUAUAGUUGGCUUUUCAGUCAGUUGUUAUCAUCCUCUGGAAGGAAGACUCCUCAAGAGUAGGGUGUGGUUUUGUUUUGUUAGUUUGUUUUUUGGCUUAACAUUGCCAAGUGGUGAGUCUUAUGUGCAACUUGGUUUUAGACAGGAGGUCGAUGUUGUGCCAUGUGAUGGGCUUCUCCAGAAAGCAUUAAUGCAUACUGAUCACUACAUGGUCAGUACUCAAGGUCGGGUCAGGAAUGCUAAGGGUACAGCUCCCUAGAUAGGAGUGAGGUCAGAAUGCAAAUAGUUACAUGGUAUCUUGCAACUGUUUAAAUUGAGGGUUUCUAACCUUAGCACAGAAGCAGCAGUUCCUAUGGCUAUAGAAGGACUUUUAUCCUGCGACUGAGUGUUGCCUUUUGAACUCUACUGUGGGGUUCAGUGGAGCCUUUUAACUUUGACUCCUGUUGAUGAUAAGAUUACGUUAUAAAAAUGAGUCUUGUCAAAAGUGUUUCUUUCAUAGUUCACAUUGCAUAGUGCAAGGGGAUUGAAAAUUGCUUAGCCUAAUCCUUGCUGAUAAAGUGAGUCCAUUGCACCAACAUCAAGCUUAAGGUGGCUGUUCUUCAAUGGUGCUAGCACCUUAGUUGGCAAAAAUAUGCAACUAAAGUUCAGGU